GAGAACUCGAAAACCAUCCAGAACAGAAGUUCCAGAAUGGACGUGCAGCAUCUUAACUUCGUCUAUUGUACAGUGCAACGAAACGACAUACGAUGUACGAUGCUGUUGUGAACGUGUUAGAAAUGCAAGCCUUCGCCAAGAUGUCCGAGAGAAGGAUCUCGUUAGGCAUCAAUGUCAGCAUAUUCGUGAUACUGACGAUCUUCGGUGUGUUACUCUCGCUACCGCUGCGAUUGCUAUUGACCACGCAUUACUACGAUCGAAACGGGACCGUCUGUGAGAACGACACGUUGGCAACGACGGAGAACGCGACCGUUCAAGCGGCGAUAGCGAUUCCGUUGGACUAUCGGAAGUUGAAACGUUGCCCGAAAUUCGGCUACCAGGACAGAUUGUUGUCGGUUUAUCGAUGCGACUACGACGGUAAUUGCACGUACACGAGCGUUUCUAAGCUCGACGGUAAGGAGAAGGAUAAAUUGGCGGGGAGUAAGAACGAAACGACGAACGAUCGGGGUAACGUAACGAAGAAGAUCGCUACGGAGGAGGCUUUUGGGGAGAACAUGACGGAAAACGUAGGAGAUAAUGGCAAAAAUCGUCGAACGAAAUCUGUUCCCGUCGCCGUACAUAUUCUCAUGACGAUGCUUCUCAUUUCAGCGAUUGCCGCAUUGGUUGAAGUGUUGCGAAUACGUUUCGCUAGAGACAAGGACUCGUCUAAGGCAGGUAGUGCCAGCUCAAGAAAAACGUCCACGGUGGAGCUUCCCGUACGGUGGCAGUUCCCACCGAGGCAGAGGUCUUUCGAAAUGCAAGGCAUGAAUCGAUCCGCUUUACGCCUAUUAGGUGCGAGACCACCGCCGCUUAUUCGUCGCUCUUCGUUCCCAACGCAACCGUCUAAGCAAAGCUCUGGCUCUAUUAGCGGUACGCCGAAUAAUCGGGUAUCCAGGCGCCGAUCGGCAGAGUCAGACGAGGAGGUCGGGGUUUUCGUUAGCGCUCUUCAUCACCGCACACGCCUCAUUCGACGACAUUAAAAGUUAAGAUCAGUCGAGUUCUUUGAAAAUUUAUUCGCGUUAAAACCAACAGGGUACACGUCUUAGACUGAAUGGUCUCACACAUCGCACAACAAUCACGUUCACGAAUUUCAAAUAGAAACAGAUUCUUAGUACUUCGUGAACCCACCACCCUACAGAACUUCCAAUGAUAUCGUUGUUUCUUCCAGCUCGUAUUUCGCAAUUUCUGACAAUUUAUCUGAAACAUUUCGCAUUAGCCAAAAAAAAAAAAAAAGAACACUUUUUAACACUU